UAUAAACAGCUGAACAGACAUCACCAUGAGCACUCGUCCCAACUAGGAGUACAUUUGGUGUUUCUGAAAAUCUGUAUGGGCAGCUUGAAGAAAAAAAAAAACCUAAUGCUGAAGAACGAUGGCUUCUAACAGAAAGGUCAUUAAAGACUGUGGAUCAGGAUCGGGACAGAGGGACUCAAGCCAGCUUAGAGAUGCACUUCUUUCAUUUUUGAAAACACUGGGACUUGAAAAGUACUACCCAAACAAGCUGAACCUCAGGUCUUUACUGGAAAUCAACAGUGGGACAGUGUCCAAUGAAGAGAUUGACUCAAUGCAAGCAAUACCGUGGGCCUUUCUAAGAAAGUUACUGAUGGUUAAUUCAAAAUCAAGAUCUUUACUAUCUGCACUUUGUGAAAAAGAUGAAGCAGAUGACUUGUUUAGUGAUGAAGACAAUGAUAGUAGCUUUAACCUUCUAGAUCUUCACACUGCCCUCUUUUUCUGUGCAGAUAGUUUUCUUCAGCAAGAAAUGGCACUGAAAAUGUCAAUGUGCCAGUUCGCAGCACCAUUUUUGUUGCCUCAAGGAGUAUAUAAUCAGUGCACUCUUAUGUUAUGGGCUCUUAGAUGUAUCUUAAAAGAAUGGCGUCCCCAUUCAAUGUCAGAAUCUAAAGGGUUUGUUGAAAGCAGUGUUGUUCAUGCAGAAAUUCCCUUGAUAUCAUUUGUGAGGUUAAGUAACUGCAGCUUCUCCAAGUCGCAGGUUUUGAACCAAGUGCUCAACAAUUCAGAGCAGCACCAUGACUUCUUUUCUCAUCGAGAAAUGAUCGGAGGAUCUGCUCCCAGGGUAAUCGCUAAUGGCAUGGUUGAAAUAUGCUGGAAUCUGCCAUGUGGAAAUGAUAACAUUGAUGUCUUUCCUGAGGCAGUGGCUAUUGCUAAUUUAAGAGGAGAUGCUGGUUCUUUUGAAACACAAUUCCGUUUCCUUACUCAGGUGUCCACAGCUGUCUUUGUGUUCCUGGACAGUGUUGAUGAAAAUGAGCAAAGGUUGUUUGCCUCUUUACAAGAAAUGAAGUCCAAAAUCUUUCUUGUGGUCAACUCUCAGAGAAAUAUGAACCAGAAUGUGAAGUCAUCUAUUGAGGCAGUAAUUGAUACUCUGCAACUGGGAAGGGACCACAUAAUUAAGAAAAGCCAAAAAGUGAAUUUGGCUACUUUCGCAAAAAUGAUCAAUUCUUCCAUUAAGACUGUUCUAAGUGAAUCUCACGAAUCAUUUAGUAUUGAUUCUAUGAAGAAGACUGCUCAGGAAUUAGGUCUUGCCAUUGAUGAGAUUCAAAUGAAAGCCUGUGUAUCAGCAGAAGCAAGUGCAGAGAAAGUCAUGAAAGCUAUUGGAGUUCGUGAAAUAACGGACUAUAAAAAGACACAGCUGCCACUGCAAGGUGAAAAUUGGAAAAGACUGGCUAAAAUAGAAAAAGAGCAAUGCAGAUUACACAAUUCAGGAGAAUUGAGCUUGGAGAAAUAUAAGGUUCAACUUCUAAAAGAAAAGGAGGAAAUUUGGAACAAACAAAGUCAGUACAAAAUGACAAAAACAAUGGAGAUCUUCAUAGAGUCUUUGUUAAGAUCUGAUAACACUGAGCGAGCCUUCUUCCUGAAAUGGAUGGGACUAAAGAUGGACAUGCGAUCACGCAAACACAUGUCAAGCCUUCGACGCAAAUACAGAGAGUGUGAACAAAAGAAAGACAGACACAGCAUUGUCAAAUUAGACCAGGAGCUUCUUGAUUGUUCUCUUGGCAUAGAGCACUACAUGAGAGAAAUGGGACAAAUCUAUGAGACUGCUUCAUUUGGUACAAACAAAAUAUCUGACAGAAUAAGCAGUCUCCCUACUCUGGCUGCCAAACUGCUUCUAGCUGGGUUUCCUCUUGAACUACUUGAUGGAGAUGCAUCAAAUAUCCCAGAGAAAUGGGUGAGUGAUGUUCUCAUGGAGCUUCACAGGAUGGUUGGCCAGAAGAGCCGUUUGCUGGUUCUGACCGUGUUAGGGGUUCAGAGUACGGGUAAAUCAACACUACUCAACACUAUGUUUGGAGUUCAGUUUGCAGUGAGCAGUGGACGAUGCACACGUGGAGCAUUCAUGAUUUUCCUUCCUGUGGGUAAUGACUUGAAGGAAGAGAUACUUUGUGACUUUGUCCUUCUGAUUGAUACAGAGGGCUUGAAAUCACCAGCACUGGCACAACUGGAAGACAGUUAUGAACAUGACAAUGAGUUGGCCACAUUUGUGAUUGGUCUGAGUGAUGUAACCAUCAUCAAUAUAGCAAUGGAGAAUUCCACAGAGAUGAAGGACAUCUUACAAAUAGCAGUUCAUGCUUUUUUACGGAUGAAGGAAGUUGGUAAAAAAACAGUUUGUCAUUUUGUUCACCAAAAUGUUGCUGGUGUAUCUGCAUAUAAUAAAAACCUGACUGAACGAAAACAGCUCUUGGACCAACUCAAUGAGAUGACAACGAUUGCAGCUGAAAUGGAAAAGAAACCUAAUGUAAAAAAAUUCACAGAUGUCUUGGAUUAUGAUGUGGAAAAGAACAACUGGUAUAUACCAGGCCUAUGGCAUGGAACACCACCAAUGGCACCAGUUAAUACAGGCUACAGUGUGGCUGUACUUGGGUUUAAGAAAACCCUCUUGGGGAUCCUUAAAGCAAGAAAGGAUGAAGAGCCCUCUCAGAUCCCAGAGUUCCUGCAGUGGAUGAGUAGUUUGUGGAGGGCAGUGAAGUUUGAGAACUUCAUCUUUAGUUUCAGAAACACUCUUGUGGCCCAUGCCUAUGAUAACCUUUGCAAAGAGUUUUUAGAAUGGGAGUGGUCUUUCAGAAGACAUAUUAAUUCUUGGCUUUCAAUUGAAAUAGUUCAAAUAUCUAACACUGAAACAAGUGUUAACAAUGAGGUUGUUGAGCAACUCAAACAGAAAGCUCAUAAAGAAAUAAAAAAGGAAACAAAUGAAAUGACUGAAAAACUAAAAAACUACUACAAAAAGAAAGACCGCCAUGUGUACUUGGUGGAAAAGUACAAAACAGAUUUCGUUAAUAACAUCAAAGCUCUAGAGAAUGAACUGAGGGAUGAAGUGAGACAAACAAUAGAUGCUGCUCUUGAGAUGAGAAGUACCAAGAAGAAAUUAGACGACAUUCACAGAAAGCAAACUGCAAUGAUUGAGUGCCAAGUCCUUAAACUCCUGCUAAAUUACAAACAUUGUAAGGAUGAGGUGUCUGACAAAGAGCUCACAGAUGAGUUUGAGAGAAUGUGGAAAAAAGAGGUGGCAAACAUCACUGGCCUAAAAGAAAGGGAUGUUCCUGCAGAUAUUUUGAAGCAACUGCGAGCAAGUUUAGUCAAUCGCAAUGUCAUGGAGGAUUUGCACAAAGUUCAUAAUUUGACACAGUAUGGGCGAGGAGCAUUCCAGGUCAAAGACAAGCAUGUAAAAUGGGAAAAGAAAAUACAACGCUUCUUUACACAGCGUAGCGCAAAGCAAGAUUUAGAGAUUAUUGCAAAUGCUGUAAUUAAGUACUGCGAUAAAAUCAUUCAGCAGCAUGCACAAGAAAAAUGUGACUACCAAAACACAUUUACAAAAGACGUGCUAGUGGAAAUUGAUGAACAGCUCCAACAGGCAGGUUCAAAAAUCAAUACACAAUUUGAACUUGACCUUAAAUUGCACAUUUGUGGCAUUGCCUCUCGGAAAUUCCUUGAGAUGCACAGGAAAUUCCUCACUGAGCAAGAUCCCGUUAAACAUUUGCAGAAAUUUAAGAGUCAGUAUCUCUCUGAUUUCAUUGAUUUGUACAGAGAGAGGGACCAGUGCCACAGGAAAGCAAGAGACUUCACUCAGCUCUGUCUCAAGCCAGCAGUGACCGAGUACAUCGACCAGUCCCUCGGACCUGACAUUGUUGAUGCAGUUCUGCUAAACAACUCAACUGAGUACAGCUCUCGAGUGCUAUUUCAGUACACAAUUCAAAAGGAGCUAUUGGAAAAAUCUAACUGUGAUGAUUUUAAAAAGUACAUCUUGCAAUAUAAAGCUUAUGUCAAAGAUUGGAUAUACAAUCAUAUUGUUAAAUGCCUUUCCAAAGACAAAUCUCUGCAAAAUUAUAAAAUGAAGAAGCUGGACAUCAUAAUGAAGAAGAUCAUGAAAGCAAUGGAAGCCUCUAAGCUUGAAGACAAUGGCUCUCCUUUGCCCGAUAAUGCAGGAGGUACAACACGGUUGAUCCAGAACUUUUGCAAAUCUAUGAACUGUGUCAUCUCAAUAUCCAUGAACACAGUGGAAGCGGUCCUCUUUCAGAAUACCAGCUGUUGUGCUCCAUUCACCAAAAGUCUCUAUGAAUGUAUAGAUGACAUGAAACUACAGCUAACAAAUGAAAUCUCCAGGUCAACUGAUAUAAAAGAGACACUAAACAAUGUGUCUGUGAAGCCCCAAAAUGUGCUCUUUAAGAGGGUGUUUGGAUGUGGGAGAAAGUGUCCCUUUUGCAAAACACCAUGUGAGGCAGGAGGAAAAAAACAUCAGCAACACCAUGCAGGUCUACAUAGACCAAAAGGACUUGGUGGUUUUGUGUAUGCACAAAAUAAUACUCUCUGUGAAGAGAUCUGUACAUCUAGUGUACAUGGGAAUGGAACAUUUCGAAGUUAUGAAACAAAUUUCCAACCUCAUCCCUUCAAAGACUACAAGAAGUACUACCCAGACUGGCAUAUUGCACCUGACAUGUCUAUGAAGGCCUCCGAUUACUGGAAGUAUGUGAUGGUGACAUUUAAUGACAAAUUUGCUAAAGAUUUUGAAGCAGAACCAGCUGUGUAUCCAGAUGAAUGGAAGAAAAUCACUAAAGAGCAGGCUCUUCUCAGUCUGAAGCAUAACUUCAAUAUUAAAUGAGACAGAAAUUCCAAAAUAUCACAGCAAAAUACUGCCAUUUGUGAUGAGAACAUAGUCACACUAAACAAUACGAUUAAUAAAACAUUCACUGUUCCAUCACUCGUUUUAUUGCUCAGGUGUGCUAGUUAUCUUUUUGUUAUACUGAAAAUUCGGCUCAUCCUUACUUACUUUAUCUAAAUUAUGUGGUAUCACAUUACAUUUACAUUUAUAUUCAUUCAUUUAGCAGAUUCUUUUAUCCAAAGCGACUUACAAAUAAGAAAAUACAAGCAAAGUGAUAUAGCAAGCAAAGAACAGUACAAGUUUUGCUACCAUACAAGAUCCAUUAAUUGAGUUCCAGAAGAAGCAAAGUGCGCAGAGUAAAGGUGUAAAUGCAAUUUUUAAUUUUUUUUAUUUAUUUAUUUUUUUUAAUGGGUUGGUUAGGUGUUGACGGAAGAGUUGGGUCUUUAGCUGUCUUUUGAAGAUAGUGAGAGAUUCUGUGGUCCGGAUUGAGGUUGGAAGUUCAUUCCACCACUCAGGAACAGUUAGUUUUAAUGUUCAUGAAAGGGACCUCGAGCCACGCUGAGUAGGUACUACUAAGCAUCGGUCGCUUAUCGAUUGCAGAUUGCAUGAGGGAACGUAAGGCUUCAGGAGAGAGUUGAGGUAAGAGGGUGCUGCUCCAGACAAGGUCUUGUAGGUGAGCAUCAAGGCCUUGAAUUUGAUGUGGAAUUUGAAUUUGAACUUGUAUCAGUCUUACUAAAAGUUUUGUUGUGGAUUGCUCUGAGAGUUAAAUGGUUUCUAAUAAACAUUAUAUCUGUAUGUCUAUGAUUAUUAUACAUGAAAAAUAAAAUUAAGAUUCUACAUUAAGGUUGAAAAUUAAAAUGAAAUAUUUUUAUGUUUUCUGUAUUACAUAUUUCUGUAUUCGUGAUGUUAAUUCAAAUGAUCAAAUGAUCACCUUUAAUCACUUUGCUACAGCUUUUUUACAAAUGUUACAAUCAUGCUUAUUAACUACUUUCCGAAAUUCAAAUCAAUGUAUUAUUUAGAAUAAAUUGUAUUAUGUAGUAUGAGUAUAUUCAUGAAGUAACUACGUAAAUAUACACAAAUAUAUGAAUCUACAAAGCAAAAUGGCUUGGAAUGUCGAGUGUGAUUACAGUUGCUUUAAACAAAUAAAAAUGGAAUAAAGUAAUAGUCUGUCAUAUUUCUCAGAUUUCUAUGAUAUUUCUAUUAUAUUGAUUUCAUACAUAAUUCAAUAUAAGUGCAUUUAGAAUGUAAUCUUCUAAGCUUAAUAUCUUAUAAAGAAUGCCAUUAAUUUACAUAAACUCUUAAUAGAUGAAAAGGAACAGUUUAUAAAGUAGAAGUAUUUGGAGAACUAAAACUAGUGAUACAUAACAUAUGUUUAAAACAAAAGGGAUGCCUUGCUCUGCCUCCCUAUAAUGCAACUCACCUGGUCUAUUUCAUCAGUUUGUGUGUACAGUAUAUUCCAUGUGUUCCUUAUUGACACAUGCCAGUAGAUUGGUUUCAUGAAACCAAAUCAUGAGUGUCAUGUCACAGCAAACCAGUGACUACAUUUCCCAUGCUGCACUGCAGCCUACAAACAUGGCCACCAUGGACUACACUUCCCACACGCACACGUUCACCUUCUCCAUUAACCGUCUCACUAUUCUAAUCACACACACCUGUUGCCAAUCUCAUACUCACUCACUCCAUGCUAUAAAAGAGACUUUUUUGUUAUAAAAGAGACUUUUUUCUUUGAGUAGUAUCGAGUGUAUUCUUGUUAUCAAGCGGUUGUUCCUUGUUUCUGGUUUGAUUCAUGUUUAUUGACUUUGUUUCUUGUUUUGAAUUCUAGCCUUGCCCAGUUUAUGCCUGUUUGUAGAUCGCUUGACCAAUUGCCUGUAUUGACCAGGCUCUUGAUCUUGAUUUGGAUUUGUCUGCCUAUAUCUCCUAUAAUAAAACUCUUACAUGGAUGCAGCAGGAGAUCGAGGAGAGCAUCACAGCAGUGUACAUGGUCUGCAUGUCUGGCCACCCUUCAUGUCAGUCCAGUUUCCACAGUGGACUGCCAUAGACCUCCCGGAGACGAAUUUUGGAUUGUGUGACAACACGAGGCAGUUCUUGUUCCACAGCCAGAUGUACUCAUCGAGCCUGGUGAACCCCAAGCUGGACAAGAGACAGUGGCUUGGGUUCAUUGUGUCCCGGUUUUAUGGACCGGCCCAUGAAUGGAAGGAGCAUCUGGUAUGAAUGGAAGGAGCAUCUGGCACAAAGUCCAGUGCGCUUAAUAAUUUAACAGUUUGCGGAAUUAUUCUUGAAGGAGUUUGGGCAUCCAGGGCAGAGCAACAACCUGGAUCAGCUUUUGAGGCGAGUCAGUGUGACGAACAAGCCUGACCUGCCAUUCAACACCUACUGUGAGUGGAUAGACAGGGCAGCCUUCACAGCUCAGCUUCAGCCCCUGGCUGACAGGGCAGUGGUGGAGGUGACACCGACCUGAAUGACUGAGGGCUGUGGUAAA